UAAAAAUUUUUAAUUUUUUAAGCCUUUUGGUUGUAUCCAUUUUGAUAGCUCUGACGACAGCCUCCAAUUAUCUGGCUGAAAAACCCAGUUUUUUGACGCCUUGUGUCUUGGAGGAUCCGCAGUUUAGCAAAUGCCUUGCGAGCAAUUUGCAAAACAUGUUCGUACAGUGGAAGGAUGGUAUACCCGGCACAAAUACCGUGGGAUCCUUAGAUCCUUUUUUCUUAAAGCGUGUCAAAUUUGCACAGAAUACUAACAGCGCCAUUUCGAUCAAUGCGGAUAUGCAAAAUGUUUACGUCAAGGGCGCCCGCCUGUUAACAGUGAAGGAGGCCAACUACAAUCCCUCUAAAUAUGUUGCUCGAGUUCUUGCCUUUGUGUCCAAAUUGCGUUUUGAAUUCGACUAUAAGGUCAAGGGUCAUGUGCUGGCAUUGAAUCUCAACGGUCACGGCAAAGGUCACUUUGAAGCAGAUAAUGUUGUUAUUAGCAUGGAUAUGGCUGUCAAGCCACUCAGCACUCCUGAAGGCACUUUUGCCGAUGUGCAGCGUGUGAAAAUCGCCUUACGAGAGAUCGGUAAUUUCCAUAUCAAUCUAAGCAAUUUGUUCGGCGACAAUGCCGAGCUGAAUAAUGCGGCCCAUACCAUAUUUAAUGAGAAUUGGCGUGAAUUCUACGAAGUGCUUAAGCCGGCAAUUGAACAAACCUUCGAAACGGUUCUACUGGAUCGUACCAAGAAGAUAUUUGCCUAUGUUCCGGCCACCUACUUCAUACACAACUUUCACUGA